GAAAAAAGCCUUUACUCUUUUUCCCUACACACUAAGAAAUAGUCUGCAAAAGUCGCUUAAAUCGAUUAUCUCUAGUUGCAAGUAAUACGAAAUGUCUACUGAAACUGCUUUAUCCUACGCUGCCUUGAUCUUGGCUGACUCUGAAGUCGAAAUCUCCGCCGAAAAGUUGCUCCAAUUGGUCACUAAGGCUAAUGUCGAAGUCGAAGGUAUUUGGGCUGACAUUUUCGCCAAGGCUUUGGAAGGUAAGAACUUGAAGGACUUGUUCUUCAACAUUUCUUCCGCUCCAGCUGCCUCUGGUUCUGCUGCCCCAGCUGCUGCCUCCGGUGCCGCUGCUGAAGAAGCUGAAGAAGAAAAGGCCGAAGAAGCCAAGGAAGAAUCCGAUGAUGACAUGGGAUUCGGUUUGUUCGAUUAAAUAGAUACGAAGGUGUUGGAACAACCACUAAUCACUAAUGUACAUUUAUCAAUAAUAAUCUUGUAAGCA